CAACCUCGUCUUCUCCGUCCCACACUCCACACUCUCUCUAAAUCUCUCAGAUCGUUCUCUCUCUCAAUCCAAACAACAAUGGCGCUUUCUUCUUCCUCGUUCCUAUCGACACUUCCCCUCUCCAACUCCAAAUCCGCCAUCUCAUUCACCUCCUCCCUCUCCCCAUCCCCCCUCCCUUCCUUCCGCUCAGCGUCUUCCUCUCACAAACGCAGAGUGAUGACAAUCCGAUCCAAGAUUCGCGAAAUCUUCAUGCCGGCGCUCUCCUCCACCAUGACGGAAGGGAAGAUCGUCUCCUGGAUCAAGACCGAAGGCGAGAAACUCGCGAAGGGAGAGAGCGUCGUCGUCGUCGAGUCCGAUAAGGCCGAUAUGGACGUGGAGACGUUCUACGACGGUUACCUCGCCGCGAUCGUGGUCGGAGAAGGAGAGACGGCUCCCGUCGGCGCUGCGAUCGGGUUGCUCGCGGAGACUGAGGCUGAGAUCGAAGAAGCUAAGAGCAAAGCCGCUUCGAAAUCGAAAUCAUCGGAGGUUGUUGUUGUUGCUCCAUCUCCUCCUCCGGUGACUUCGUCUCCGGCGCCGGCGAUCGCUCAGCCUGCUCCGGUGGCGGCGGUGUCGGAUGGUCCGAGGAAGACUGUGGCGACGCCGUAUGCUAAGAAGCUCGCGAAGCAGCAUAAAGUGGAUAUUGGAUCGGUUGCGGGGACUGGACCGUUUGGGAGGAUCACGGCUGCUGACGUGGAGGCGGCCGCUGGGAUUGCUCCCUCCGUGGCGGCGCCACCGCCUCCUCCCCCGGCUGCUGCUGCUAUUGCUACACCAAAAGCUACCACAACAAGUUCGUCUCCUCCUCUGUUGCCUGGUUCGAGUAUUGUUCCUUUCACUGCAAUGCAGUCUGCAGUGUCUAAAAACAUGAUUGAGAGUCUCUCUGUUCCGACGUUCCGUGUUGGUUAUCCUGUGAACACUGAUGCUCUUGAUGCGCUCUACGAGAAGGUGAAGCCAAAGGGUGUGACAAUGACUGCGUUGUUGGCUAAAGCGGCAGGGAUGGCGCUUGCUGAGCAUCCUGUGGUGAACGCAAGCUGCAAAGAUGGGAAGAGUUUUAGUUACAAUAGUAACAUUAACAUUGCCGUUGCUGUUGCUAUUAAUGGCGGGUUGAUUACUCCUGUUCUGCAAGAUGCUGAUAAGUUGGAUUUAUACUUGUUAUCGCAAAAAUGGAAAGAGCUGGUGGGGAAAGCUAGAGGCAAGCAAUUGCAACCUCAUGAAUACAACUCUGGAACUUUCACUUUAUCGAAUCUCGGUAUGUUUGGAGUGGAUAGAUUUGAUGCUAUUCUCCCUCCAGGACAGGGUGCUAUUAUGGCUGUUGGAGCGUCAAAACCAACUGUAGUUGCUGAUAAGGAUGGGUUCUUCAGUGUGAGAAACAAAAUGCUGGUGAAUGUGACCGCAGAUCAUCGCAUUGUGUAUGGAGCUGACUUGGCUGCUUUCCUUCAAACCUUUGCAAAGAUCGUUGAGAAUCCAGAUUGCUUGACCUUGUAGAGACAUCAUCAAUGUCGUAAGCCAACAAAUGAACAUGAGGGUUCAGUUUCCAAACUUGAGGCAAUUUUUUUCAAGUUUAGCAAAGAAUGUUUAGUCUUUAUUUACACUGUUGUUGGUUGGUCUUGUUCUUCCUUUUGCAGACUGGUUCACUUGUCUUGGGUCUGUAUUUUUUGGACUUAUCUUCUGAUUUUUCACGAUCAAAUUGUUUUGGGCUUUGCACAAAUAAUAUUUUCGGGUUUGAAAUAGAAACCAUAAUCGGCCUCUCAAAGAAAAUGCAUAGAUCCGGCAGAUUAUCAUCUCUGUGGUCCUUUUCGUUUAGUA